AUGGGAUCAGUUCAAAGGCUCAUUCGUGGCCUUUCUUCAUCGAGAGAGUGUGCAAGGCAGGGAUUUGCAUUAGGCCUGGCAAUAUUGGUUAGUGCAUUUCCAUGCAUAAAAUUGGAUGCACUGUCGAAGUUAACUGUCGACUUGUUGGAGGAUCAGGACAAAGAUUGCCUAUUCGGAUGCUUGUUUACUUAUGGGGCGUCUUGGAAUAAUAUGAUAUCUGGGUAUGUUAGGAUGGGUCUUUACUUGUAUGCUGUAAUUCUUUUUGUUGAAAUGUGGGGUUUUGGAAUUCAACCAAAUGGGUAUUUUGUGGCUAGCUUGUUGACUGCAUUCAGUAGAUUGGAAAAUAUGGUUUUGGAAGGAUUUCAAAUUCAUGGAUUGGUUAUGAAAUAUGGUUUGUUGAAUGAUGUUUUUGUGGAAACUUCUUUUCUCCAUUUUUAUGGUGUAUAUGGACUACCUUGUAGUGCUAAAGCACUGUUUGAGGAAAUGCCUGAAGGGAAUGUUGUAACUUGGACUUCCUUGAUGGUUGCAUAUUCAGAUAAUGGUUACCCAGAGGUGGUAAUAGAUCUGUACCGAAGAAUGGGACAUGAUGAGGUGUCUGGUAAUGAAAACACAUGUACUGCUGUUAUUAGUUCUUGCAUAGCUCUUGAUGAUGAUUUUUUGGGUCAUCAAAUGCUAGGUCAGGUUGUAAAGUCUGGAUUCCAAGACCAUGUUUCUGUAUCAAAUUCUCUUAUUUCGAUGUUUGGUAGUUUUGGUUGCAUUGAAGAUGCCUCUUAUAUCUUUGAGGCCAUGAUUGACCGUGACACUAUAUCAUGGAAUUCGAUUAUUUCAGCACUAGCGUAUAACCAAUUGUACAAGAAAGCGUUCAACUCCUUUUCUGAAAUGCGUCAUGUUCAUGAUGAUGUCAAUUCAACUACACUUUCUGCAUUGUUGUCUAUAUGUGGAACUAUUGAUUGUCUAAACUUAGGCAGAGGUGUUCAUAGUUUGUCGUUGAAAUCAGGAUGGGAUUCUAAUAUUUGUGUGUGUAAUACUCUUCUCUCCAUGUAUUUGGAGGCUUCGAGGCCCAAAGAUGCUGAAAGUUUGUUCUUUGCCAUGGCAGCAAAGGAUGUGAUUUCGUGGAACUCCAUGAUGGCUGGUUAUGUUUUAACAGGUAAGUACUUCAAAGCUUUGGAAGUGUUCGCUGAACUGCUUCACUUGCAAAGAACAGUUAACUAUGUGACUUUCGCUAGUGCUUUGGCUGCGUGUUCAGAUGGUCAAUUGCUUGAUGAAGGAAAAACUGUUCAUGCUCUUGUAAUUGUUCAUGGGUUCCAUAACAAUUUAAUAGUUGGCAAUGCAUUAGUCACCAUGAAUGGAAAGUAUAAUAAGGACACACUUGAGGCAGUGAGAAAUUUUAAGUCAAUGAGAGAGGAAGAGAAUCCUCCAAAUUACAUUACUUUGAUUAAUGUUCUUGGUUCUUGCUCAACUGAAACUGAUCUGCUGAACUAUGGCAAGCCGUUGCAUGGACAUAUAAUUCUGACUGGUUUUGAGACAAAUGAAUGCGUCAGGAACUCUCUCAUCACUAUGUAUGCGGACUGCUGUUGA